AUGGAAAAGCGCCCGGUGAAGCGAUGGUUCUUCGAGCUCUCGGAAAAGCAACAGCAUCCACAUGAGAUCUCCGAGUCCACGGCUCAAACUCUGAGUCUCAGCAAUGAGGUGGUUCCUGUGGAGGAGCAGCUUGGCAAAAAGCUGCCAUCCUUUGCAGGUGGAAUUCCUGUGGAGGAAGCAUAUGGUCCUUUGCAGGAGUUCAUGCUUGGAGCCUUAUCUGUAAAGCAGAGUCUUUCGCAAGACUUGGGUUUCUUGCCAACUCUUUGGAGAGUUGUUUGUGACUGCAGCAAUUUGCAACUCGAGUUGAAAGACCGCAUCCCAUUCGAGCUUUUGCUGCAGACUGCAGCCUGCGUCAUGGGAUCUUUACCAUCGGUGGUAGAGGAACCGACUCCAGAGGACAAUGCUGACUUCUGGAGCAGCGCAUUGGCCAGAGACUAUGUUCAGCAAAUGGCCGCUGCAACUGCUGAAGGCAAUGCCAAUUGGUUCAGGCUGUGCAGUGUUUGUGGACAGCAAAGCUACUUCCGCCAAAACAUCUGCCUCAACCCUCAUUGCCAACUGUCUUUCAUGCACAUGAGUGCAGAAGAGGUCGGCGCCCGACUCCAAAGCUGGGGCGCAGCUGGCGCCAAUCAGGUGGCCACACCUGGGCAAUUGGAGGCACAAGCAAGAGUGAAGAAAAUUGCGCAAGCCAUUGCUGCUUCAGUGGCUGCACCUGCCUCAGCAGGUGCCUCAGCGUCGGCCCCAAAUACUGGUGAUGGUGAUGGUGAUGGUGCCACUCGAGGUGGCACCAAGUACUAUAGAGCCAGGGCCGGAGGAGGUCAGAAAAGGAAGAAGUGGAUGCACGAUGUAAAGCAAGGAAGACAUCCCAAGACAGGUCGACCAAUGGAGUGGAAGAAGACCUGGUGGAAGCAGGAUGGCAAGUGGCACUGGAUGUGGGAAAAAGUCGACGCCGCCGCGAAGGCAUCCAGUGCAGGAGCUGUACCUGCUCCAGCUGCUGAUGGGCAUGCUGAUGCCUCAGCAAAGCCUUCGAAGGCCCCUCCGGCUAAGCCACCAAUUGCUCCACCAGCUCCAGCAAAGCCAUCCAGUGCGCUGCAACAGCACCAGCUGAUGAUGAUGGCGCUGGAGAUGCUGCCAAGGCAAAGCCUUCGAAGGCACACUACCACUGUGGAGGAUGACGCAGCCAUCAAUGGACCCACCUUUUGCAGUAUCAGUUUGGAUGAACUUUCUCGCUUCAUCGCCCUCUUUCUGGCCCAAGCUGACUGGAUGCGAAACAGACCAGUGAUCACCAUGGUCAAGGCCAAGCCUCAAUUGCCGCCUGCAGCAUUGGCACCACCAGCAUUGGCACCACCUCAGCCCAAAAGCCUGUGGAAUCCUUUGAAGGAUUUGGCAGAGUUUGGCUGCAUACCAUAA